AUGGUGGGUGCUUCAUUGGCUGGAUUGCAAGAUCAUCUGAAGUUGGCGAGGGAGUACGCCGUUGAAGGACUUUAUGACACUUCCAUUAUCUUCUUCGACGGCGCUAUAGCUCAGAUCAACAAGCAUUUGAAUACAGUUGAUGAUCCUGUGCUUCGUACUAAAUGGAUGAACGUAAAGAAAGCUGUUUCAGAGGAAACAGAGGUGGUUAAACAAUUAGAUGCUGAGAAAAAGUCAUUCAAGGAGGUUCCUGUCGGUAGACGGCCCAAUUCUCCUCCUAUUUCGACCAAAUCGUCUUUUGUUUUUCAACCUUUGGAUGAAUAUCCCACUUCUUCUGGGGCCCCAAUGGACGACCCUGACGUGUGGAGGCCACCUACUCGGGAUCCUACGGGUAGGAGGCCAACGAGAGCGGGUCAAGUAGGCAUGAGAAAGUCUCCACAGGAUGGAACUUGGGCUCGCGGUGGAUCCACUAGAACGACUGCACGUGGUGGGAGGGCGGGCACCACUAGUAAAGUCAACACUGGAGUUCGAUCGUCGACUGCUGGGAAGAAAGGAACUGGGAAAACCUCAGGAAAAGCUGAUUCUGUUAAUGGUGAUUCUGAUGAUGGAAAACCCAAAAAAGUUCAGUACGAAGGUCCUGAUGCUGACCUGGCAGCUAUGCUUGAAAGGGAUGUCUUGGACUCCAGCCCUGGUGUUAGAUGGGAUGAUGUGGCUGGGCUAAGUGAAGCGAAACGACUUCUAGAGGAAGCUGUGGUUCUUCCAUUGUGGAUGCCUGAAUAUUUUCAGGGAAUUCGGAGGCCAUGGAAAGGUGUCCUCAUGUUUGGGCCUCCUGGAACUGGGAAGACUCUUCUUGCUAAAGCAGUUGCCACGGAGUGUGGGACCACCUUUUUUAAUGUUUCUUCAGCAACUUUGGCCUCAAAAUGGCGUGGAGAAAGUGAGAGAAUGGUCCGGUGCUUGUUUGAUCUUGCGAGAGCUCAUGCUCCCAGUACAAUAUUUAUAGAUGAGAUUGAUUCUCUUUGCAAUGCUCGAGGGGCUUCUGGAGAACAUGAAUCAUCCAGAAGGGUGAAGUCUGAGCUUCUGGUCCAGGUUGAUGGUGUCAAUGCAUCUUCUACCAAUGAAGAUGGUACACGCAAGAUUGUGAUGGUUUUAGCGGCUACUAAUUUUCCUUGGGAUAUAGAUGAGGCGUUGAGGAGGCGGCUGGAGAAAAGAAUAUACAUACCGUUGCCUAAUUUCAAGAGUCGUAAGGAGCUUGUUAGGAUAAAUUUGAAAACUGUGGAGGUGGCAUCUGAUGUGGACAUAGAUGAGGUGGCACGGAAGACGGAAGGGUACAGUGGGGACGACCUGACUAACGUUUGCCGAGAUGCGUCACUCAACGGGAUGAGGCGCAAAAUAGCCGGGAAAACACGAGACGAGAUCAAGAACAUGUCCAAGGAUGAGAUCUCCAACGACCCAGUUGCCAUGUGCGACUUUCUAGAAGCCAUUGCUAAGGUACAGCCAAGUGUCUCGGCCGCCGACAUUGAGAAGCACGAGAAGUGGUUUUCCGAAUUCGGGUCAGCUUAG